ACGGGCACACUGGGCGGACGCACCGACGGCCGGCGGGAGCGCACCGUGCACUGCAGGCGCUGCGGUGAGCUGGGCGCGCGGCCGGGGCGGGGGGCGCGCGCGCACUUUCCCUAAAUGGGGACGGCGGCCGGGACUCGACGACAGGUGCGGCUUCUGGCCGAGGGGUAGCCUGCGCGGGAACCAGAUCGAGACCUAUCUGAGCUGCUGCUGUUGCUGCCGAGCUUCCGGGGGAUCGAGGCCGCCCAUCAGGAACCGAAAAUGCCGAAGCCAAUCAAUGUUCGUGUUACCACCAUGGACGCAGAGCUGGAGUUUGCCAUCCAGCCAAACACCACUGGGAAGCAGCUUUUUGAUCAGGUGGUUAAGACUAUUGGCCUCCGGGAAGUAUGGUACUUUGGCCUCCAGUAUACAGACAAUAAAGGAUUUCCUACCUGGUUGAAACUUGAUAAAAAGGUGUCUGCCCAGGAGGUCAGGAAGGAGAACCCUGUCCAAUUCAAGUUCCGAGCCAAGUUCUAUCCUGAGGACGUGUCUGAGGAGCUCAUCCAGGACAUCACCCAGAAGCUGUUCUUCCUGCAGGUGAAAGAGGGGAUUCUCAGUGAUGAGAUCUACUGCCCCCCAGAGACUGCCGUGCUCCUGGGGUCCUACGCUGUGCAGGCCAAGUUCGGCGACUAUAACAAAGAAAUGCACAAGUCCGGGUACCUCAAUUCCGAGCGGCUGAUCCCUCAGAGAGUCAUGGACCAGCACAAACUCACCAGGGACCAGUGGGAGGACCGGAUCCAGGUGUGGCACGCAGAACACCGUGGGAUGCUCAAAGAUAAUGCUAUGCUGGAGUACCUGAAGAUUGCUCAGGACCUGGAAAUGUACGGAAUCAACUAUUUCGAGAUCAAAAAUAAGAAAGGAACAGACCUUUGGCUUGGAGUUGAUGCCCUUGGACUAAAUAUUUAUGAGAAAGAUGACAAGUUGACCCCAAAGAUUGGCUUCCCUUGGAGUGAAAUCAGGAACAUCUCUUUCAAUGACAAAAAAUUUGUCAUUAAGCCCAUCGACAAGAAGGCACCUGACUUUGUGUUCUAUGCCCCCCGCCUGAGAAUCAACAAGCGGAUUCUGCAGCUGUGCAUGGGGAACCAUGAGCUGUACAUGCGUCGCAGGAAGCCUGACACCAUCGAGGUACAGCAGAUGAAGGCCCAGGCCCGAGAGGAGAAGCACCAGAAGCAGCUGGAGAGGCAACAGUUGGAAACUGAGAAGAAGAGGAGGGAAACUGUUGAGAGAGAGAAGGAGCAGAUGCUGAGGGAGAAGGAGGAGUUGAUGCUGCGGCUGCAGGACUAUGAGCAGAAGACCAAGAAAGCAGAGAAAGAACUCUCUGACCAGAUCGAGAGAGCCCUGCAGCUGGAGGAGGAGAGGAAGCGAGCCCAGGAAGACGCAGAGCGGCUGGAGGCUGACCGAGUAGCUGCACUGCGUGCCAAGGAGGAGCUGGAGAGACAGGCACAGGAUCAGAUAAAGAGCCAGGAGCAGCUGGCUGCCGAGCUUGCAGAGUACACCGCCAAGAUCGCACUCCUGGAGGAAGCACGGAGGCGCAAGGAGAACGAGGUGGAGGAGUGGCAGCACCGGGCCAAAGAAGCCCAGGACGACCUGGUGAAGACCAAGGAGGAGCUGCACCUGGUGAUGACCGUGCCCCCGCCCCCACCACCCCCAGUGUACGAGCCAGUGAGUUACCACGUGCAUGAGAGCCUGCAGGAGGAGGGUGCCGAGCCCAUGGGCUACAGCGCCGAGCUCUCCAGUGAGGGCAUCCUGGACGACCGCAACGAGGAGAAGCGUAUCACCGAGGCUGAAAAGAACGAGCGUGUGCAGCGGCAGCUGCUGACUCUGAGCAAUGAGUUGUCCCAGGCCAGAGACGAGAAUAAGAGAACCCACAAUGACAUCAUCCACAACGAGAACAUGAGGCAAGGCCGGGACAAAUACAAGACCCUGCGGCAGAUCCGGCAGGGCAACACCAAGCAGCGCAUCGACGAAUUCGAGGCCAUGUAGAGGCCAGUCCAGGACUGAGGGCGCCCCAUAGCGGGGCUCUGCAGGAGCGUCCCGGGCGGCCUCGCCACACUUGGCUCUUUAGUACUCUAAAUCUAGAAACCCCCUGAACGUACUCCGGGUCCCUUGAAAAAAGAGCAGUUGCCGGCAGAGGUAUUCUGAGCCGGAAACCAGUGGAAGCUCCCCUGGUUUAUUUUUCUCAGCUGUAUCAUAGUGCCAAACAGGCUUGAUUUUUAUGACAGUUAUUGAAUCACUUCCUGUUUCAUGCUGGAAGCAGGACAGAUGGGAUUAAGUGCCUGUCAAGUUUGAGUGACAAACUUCACGCUGGCCCAUGUGACACAAGGUUCAGGAUCGUUAAAGAAAACCGCGUGGUAGCUCACAUGGGUGCCAUACUGUCUCUAGUUUUGAAAUGAGCUCACAUUGAUUUGUUCUUGAUUUCUAUGAAGGGUCCAUCUGCAUAUGUUUGUGUUCUAAGGGGUGAAAAUUAUUUUGGAAAUUGAGCCCAAAGCACUCUCCCAACACAAUGAUUUCCUUCUUCCAGACAUCUAGUUCAGCAGCCUCAGUCUGCAGUGGUCAUUCAGAGUGAACGGUACCGGACUCUCCGAUGCACUGUGUUGUCUUGCUUACCAUUUAGAAAAUGUUGUUGGACUUGUAUACCUAACUAAUGAUCAGUAUAGAGCAUAGUGUUUAUAUAUAUGUGAUAAUGUGGGUUUGUAACAUUAGUUCUAAAAAGGGAAAGUUUUGUUCUGUAUAUUUUGUUACCUUUUACAGAAUAAAAGAACUACAUAUGAAAAACCAUGUAACCACGGCACUCGAUCUGAUGUGACGUGAGUACAGUUGUGAAACUGAUUACCUGCUGUAAUCACAUCUGUACACAGUUUUUCUCAUUAGUGUUCUUUGUGCAUAUAACUGCACGCUUCAGUUUUCUAAGCUGCUUGUUUGGACAAGAUCAUUCAGACUCCAGCCAUGAAGGGACUCUGACCUGUUUAUCACAAGAACCUCCUUCUGACUUGUUUGCAUUCAUCCACAUCUCUGAAAACUGUUAAACAUCUGCUUCGUAAGCCACUGAUUCUGUACACUCCACCUCCCUUCUCGUGCGCUGUGUUGUCCUUUUUAGUUAAAUGUUAUGUGCAGGUGAAUCCCACACUGCAGACGUACACAAUAAAAGCUGUCUAAGGCAAUGUCAGCAGUGGGUGUCUGCUUGCAUUGGCUGGGAGGACUUUGGAGACUUGCC